GUGGGGGUAGCCGUUGUUAUAAAAGAACGUUUAAAAAUUUUCUCAGUCUUACUCGGACGAUAUAAUAGAGAAGCAAAUCAAAUAAAAUUUUCUCAAUUUAAUUAAUGUGGUGUGAAUAGUGAGAAUAAAUUAUAAUUAAGUGUGCUGUGCUCAUUUUUUAGGCUACUAUUUUGGAUAACUACAGCCUUUCAAGAUGAGCGAAAAUCAAACAACUAGCCUUUGCAAUGGCAAACGACUAACUCCUGAAAGUCCUGAAGAGGAAAUUGUCAUUUCCGGUAUUGCAGGAAGAUUUCCUGAUUCCGAUGACGUAAAACAUUUUAAAGAAAAUUUGUUCAAUAAGGUGGACCUUAUUUCGGACGACGAUAGACGAUGGAAAUUAGAUCAUCCGGAAAUUCCCCAAAGAACUGGAAAAGUGAACAAUGUUGGAAAAUUUGAUUCUGUUUUCUUUGGAGUUCAUUUCAAGCAGGCACACACCAUGGAUCCAAUGUGUCGAAUGCUAUUGGAACACACAUAUGAGGCAAUCAUAGAUGCUGGAGUUAAUCCACGUAAAUUGCGUGGCACAAAAACAGGUGUUUUUAUUGGAGCAUGUUUUUCAGAAUCUGAAAAAACUUGGUUUUACGAAAAACUUCAGGUAAAUGGAUUUGGUAUCACAGGAUGCAGUCGAGCUAUGCUUGCAAACAGAAUAUCUUACUGGUUGGGAAUCAAUGGUCCCAGUUAUACUGUCGAUUCAGCUUGUAGCUCCAGUUUAUUUGCGAUGGAACAUGCAUACAGAGCGAUUCGUGAUGGUCUUUGUGAUGCUGCAAUUGUCGGCGGUUCCAAUCUUUGCCUCCAUCCCUACGUAUCCCUCCAAUUUUCGCGUCUUGGUGUCUUAUCGCCAGAUGGACGUUGUAAAUCGUUUGACGUUGAUGCAAAUGGUUACACUCGUAGUGAAGCUAUUGCUGUUGUUUUUCUACAAAAAGCUAAAGAUGCUAAAAGAAUUUAUGCAACAUAUGUGUAUGCUAAAACAAAUUGUGAUGGUUAUAAAGAACAAGGAAUCACAUUUCCCUCUAGUGUUAUGCAAAGUGUUCUUCUACAGGAAUUUUAUCAAGAUUGUGGUAUUCCACCAACAAUGUUAAAUUAUGUAGAAGCGCAUGGAACUGGUACAAAAGUAGGAGAUCCUGAAGAAGUAAAUGCACUUGAGAAGGUAUUUUGUCCUGGACGAACAACUCCAUUGAAAAUUGGAUCCAUCAAAUCCAAUAUGGGACAUUCAGAACCAGCCAGUGGUCUUUGCUCAGUUGCUAAGGUGUUGAUAGCAAUGGAAACUGGUUUUAUUCCUCCAAAUUUACAUUACAAUAAACCGAGGGAGGGUGUAAAAGCAUUGGAAGAUGGACGUAUUAAGGUCAUUACUGAAUUAACCCCCUGGGAAUUGGGAUACGUUGGAAUUAAUUCAUUUGGUUUUGGUGGAGCUAACGCUCAUAUUUUACUUAGAUCCAAUCAAAAAGAAAAGAUCAACAAUGGAGCACCUCAAGACGAUUUACCUAGGCUCAUUGUUGUUUCUGGACGUACCGAGGAAGCUGUUCAUACAUUAUUAAAUGAUAUUGAAAGCCGUCCAGUAGAUGUUGAGCACGUGAGAUUGCUUCAUGAUAUUCACUCAGAAGAUAUUCCAAGUCAUUUAUAUAGAGGAUAUACAAUAAUGGGUGGAAAAGAUGUUGGAAGCAGUCCGAUUAAAGAAAUUCAACAUUUUCCAGGCAAUAAACGACCAGUGUGGUUUGUCUUUGCUGGAAUGGGUUCUCAAUGGCCCGGAAUGGGAGAGGCACUUAUGCGGUUUCCUGUUUUUGCUGAAGCUGUACGUAAAUGUGAUGCUGUUCUAAAACCACGUGGUGUUGAUAUUUACGAUAUUUUGACAAACAAGGACAAAAAGGUCUUUGAUAAUAUUCUCAAUUCAUUUGUUGGAAUUGCAACUGUUCAGAUUGGUUUAGUUGAUUUACUGACAUCAGUUGGUAUUACACCGGAUUAUAUAAUUGGUCAUUCAGUUGGUGAAUUAGGUUGCGCUUACGCUGAUAAAUGUUUUACUGCAGAACAAAUGGUGCUUUGUGCUUAUUCUCGAGGACUUGCUUCCAUUGAGACGAAAGUUGUGAAAGGAUCAAUGGCUGCUGUUGGUUUGGGUUAUGAAGAUUUGAAAGAUUUAUGUCCUCCUGAUAUUGAAAUUGCUUGUCAUAAUUCAUCAGAUAGUGCAACAAUCAGUGGACCAGCGGAAUCAAUGAAAAAUUUUGUUGCUCAAUUACAAGCAAAUCAAGUCUUUGCGAAAGAAGUUCCAUGCAGUAAUAUUCCUUAUCACAGCAAGUAUAUUGCUCCAGCGGGUCCUAAAUUGUUGGCCUAUUUGCAAAAAGUUAUUCCAAAUCCAAAAGCACGUUCUAAUAAAUGGCUUAGUUCAUCGAUACCAAGAAGUGAAUGGAAUUCAAGUCUUGCUCAAUUGUCAUCGGCAGAAUAUCACACUAAUAAUCUUUUGAGUGCAGUACUUUUUGAAGAAACAAGUGCCGCUAUUUCUAAGGAUGCAAUUACUAUUGAGAUUGCACCUCAUGGUCUAUUGCAGGCAAUUUUACGAAGAUCGCUCGCUCCAAGUGUUGUCAAUGUGGCACUAACUAAACGUGGCUAUAAAGAUAAUGCAGAGAUGGUACUUCAAGGUCUUGGAAAAUUGUAUAAUAUUGGUCUUCAACCACAGUUACAUAAUCUUUAUCCUGAAGUUCAAUAUCCAGUAAGUCGUGGUACACCAAUGAUUUCUCCAUUUAUUCGCUGGGAACACUCCGAUGAUUGGUAUGUAACGUCUUAUCGUAUGCAAGAAAAAAUUGUAUCAGGAGAAAGAAUAGUUGAAGUAACUUUGUCCGACGAAGAUUUUGAAUAUAUGUCUGGACAUGUGAUUGAUGGAAGAAAUCUUUUCCCUGCUACUGGAUAUUUGACACUUGCUUGGGAAACCGUGGGAAUGAUGAAAGGAGAAUUGUACACUGAAGUUUCGGUUGUAUUCGAGGAUGUUAAAUUUUUGAGAGCUACAACUAUUCCAAAAGAAGGAAGUAUUGAAUUAACAGUGAUGAUACAAAAAGGUAGUGGAAGAUUUGAGGUAAUCGAAGGUGGUGUGGCAGUUGUAACAGGAUUUAUUCGCGCAACACAAAAUCCAGCUGAUGAGAGAAUUAAUCCUGAUUUGACUCCUAAAUUAGAAAUGGAGGAAGAAAUGCAAAGUAGAGAUGUUUACAAGGAGCUACGACUUCGUGGAUAUCAUUAUUCUGGAUUGUUCCGUGGUAUAAAAAGUGCUUCGACAACGGGUGAAAAGGGUCACGUUACUUGGUCUAAUAAUUGGGUUGCAUUUAUGGAUAAUAUGUUACAAAUGGAACUCUUGGGCACCGAUACAAGAGGUCUUUUUGUUCCAACAGGAAUUCAAAAAUUGGUUAUUGAUACCAAAGUUCAUUUGAAUCAAAUUCGAGCCAUGGGUGAAGAAAAAGUAUUUCCUCUUUAUGUCUACAAGAAUUUCUCAGCAAUUGUUGCCGGGGGUGUUGAAUUUAGAGGUUUAAAAGCGAGUGCCAUUUCACGAAGAAAGCCAGCAGGAGAACCUGUACUCGAGGAAUAUAAAUUUGUCGCACAUCGUGAUCGUAAAGAAAUUCCAUUUAAAACAGCUAUUCGUCUUGCAACUCACAUUGCACUUGAAUGUCAUUUAGGAAUUAAGGUAAAAUCCGUGGAAUUAGCUGACGAUGAGAAUAUUUCAGUUGAUGAUUUAGUGUCACCAAGAGUAUUGGAAACUCUCGGUGAUAUGCCACUUAUUCAAGCAGAUGUAAAUAUUGGUGCUACUAAAACAUUCGAGAAUAAUGAAAUAUCCGAGAAUAUUAUUGUUAAUGAUCCAAAAAAAGUGAUUACAACCGAAGCGAAUGCAUUGAUUGCAAUUGGACAUAAAUUGUUGACAAAAAAUAAAACCGAAGACUUGAAAAAAUUACUUUUUGCAUUAAAAGACGGUGGUUUUAUAAUAAGUUGUGAAUCGAAUGAUACAAAAAUUCCUGAUUCUACGGAAAAUAAUGAAGCUGAUACUGUACUAGAGAAAAGAACCGAGAAAGGAGUUGUUGUUUUACUUCGUAAACGUGAUAGAUUGAUAAAACAUUCGUCUGUUAUAAAAAUAAAUAAUAACGAAUUCUCCUGGGUAGAAGAAAUGAAAAAAACUCUAAAAGCCGAAUCUGAGAAAGAUUUUAGUGGAAAUUUGAGAGUUGUUAUUGUAGCCGAAGGUGAUUUUGAAUCAGGAUUAGUUGGACUUGUAAAUUGUUUGACUAAAGAACCUGGUGGUGAAAUUGUCCGUGGAGUAUUGAUACAAGAUCCAAAAGCUCCUGAAUUCUCUCUGAAUAAUCCAUUUUAUUUGAAACAACUGAAAAUGGAUUUAUCAGUCAAUGUUCUACGCCCUGGAAAUUGCUGGGGUUCUUACAGACACUUACAGUUACCACCAGUUGAAACUGUUCCUGUACGUCAUAUUUGGACGAAUCAAUUAGUGAGAGGAGAUUUAAGUUCUCUUGCAUGGCUCGAAGGACCAAUUCAACCAGGUUUUAAACACGAUGAUCUAAUUAAAAUUAUUUAUGCACCGUUAAAUUUCCGAGAUGUUAUGUUGGCGACAGGAAAAUUGGCAGCUGAAGUUGUGGCAAAAACCCGACAAUUACAAGAAUGUGUCAUUGGUUUUGAAUAUGCGGGAAUUGAUACCAAAGGUCGACGUCUUAUGGGCAUGUUAAAUAGCAGAUGUCUCACUAAUGUGCGUGUAAUCGAUAGAAAUCUCUGUUGGGAUGUUCCCGACGAUUGGAGUUUAGAAGAAGCGGCAACAGUUCCAGUUGUCUAUGGUACUUGUUGUUAUGCUCUUUAUUUGAGUGGAAAAAUGAAGAAAGGAGAUAAAGUUUUAAUUCACGCUGGUACUGGUGGUGUUGGUUUAGCAGCAAUAAAUCUUGCUCUAUUUGAAGGUUGUGAAGUUUUUACUACUGUUGGAACACCUGAGAAGAGGAAAUUUAUUAAAGAAACAUUCCCACAAAUUCCUGAUGAUCAUAUUGGUAAUUCUCGUGAUACGAGUUUUGAAUAUAUGAUUUUUGAACAAACCAAUGGUCAGGGUGUUGAUAUUGUUUUGAAUUCAUUAGCAGAAGAGAAAUUACUUGCUUCUGUACGUUGUUUAGCGCCAAAUGGUCGCUUUUUGGAAAUUGGAAAGUUUGAUCUUGCUGCUAAUAAUCCUUUAGGAAUGGAGUCAUUCUUAAAGGAAAUUAGUUUCCAUGGUGUAAUGUUGGAUAAUAUGUUUGAUGCGGCUGAUGAUAAAAAAAAAGAAUUGCAAAAUAUUCUUACUAAAUAUUUACGUAAUGGUGCUGUGAAACCAUUGGUAAGGACUGUUUUUCCAAAGGAUCAAGUGGAAGCUGCUGUUAGGUAUAUGGCAGCAGGAAAACAUAUUGGCAAGGUUAUAAUAAAUGUGUGCAAUGAGAAUGAUCCAAUUGAUGGACUAACUCCCGCUCUACCUAGAUAUCAUUGUUUAAAUGGUCAUAGUUAUAUUCUUCUUGGAGGUCUAGGUGGAUUUGGUUUAGAAUUAGCUGAUUGGCUUGUUCUUCGAGGAGCUCAGAAUUUGGUUUUGACAUCUCGAACAGGAAUAAGAAAUGGAUAUCAAAAAAUGCGAGUUGAUUUAUGGAAAAGUUAUGGAGUGAAAGUUGUCAUUGUUGCUGGUAAAGAUGCUUCAAAAAAAGAAGACUGUCAAUCUAUUCUGAAAACUGCAGCCGAUCUUGGACCAGUUGAUGCAAUUUUCAAUCUUGCAGUAGUUCUCAAGGAUAGUCUUUGGGAAAAUCAAACUGCAGAGACCUUUGAAGAAUCAUUCAGAUCAAAAGCUUGGAGUACAAAAUUAUUAGAUGAAUUAUCGAGAAAAAUGUGUCCUAAAUUACGUCAUUUUGUUGUAUUUUCAUCAGUGUCCUGCGGUCGUGGUAAUGCUGGACAGUCAAAUUAUGGAAUGUCUAAUUCCGUUAUGGAGAGAAUUUGCGAGAGGCGUCACGCUGAAGGUUUACCCGCUUUGGCUGUUGAAUGGGGAGCAGUGGGUGAUGUUGGCCUUGUAGCAGAAAUGCAAGAAGAUCAUAAAGAAUUGGUCAUUGGUGGAACACUACAACAGACUAUUAUAUCAUGUCUAAAAGAACUUGAUGGUUUUAUGCGGCAGGACAAACCAAUUGUUGCAAGUAUGGUUGUUGCUGAAAAAAGAGCUGGAGGUGCUGGAGCAACAAAUAUUGUUGAUGCUGUCCUUAAUAUAAUGGGAUUGAAGGACUUAAAGACAGUGAGUCAACAAACUUCUUUAGCUGAAUUGGGUAUGGAUUCAAUGAUGGCCGUUGAGAUCAAACAAACAUUAGAACGUGAAUUUGAAGUCUUCCUUACAGCUCAAGAUAUUCGUAGUCUUAAUUUUGCUAAACUAGUACAAAUGUCAACACAAGAUCAAGAAACUGAGAAGAAACUUGCAGCGGCGAAAGAUAAAAAUAAAAAUAUUGAAUCAAUUGCUGGAAUGAGAUUGUUAAUUCGUGUUUUGGGUUCUGGUGAUCUUAUUCACGAUGAAGUUUAUGAAUUACCAUCAAAGAAUGAACCAGGCAGAAAAGAGGUGUAUCUAAUUCCAGGUAUUGAAGGCUAUGGAGCUGUAUUUAAGAUAUUGUCUGAAAAAAUUAAAUCACGAGCCGUUUGUUUGCAACUUGUUAAAAAUAUGAAAAUGGAACUUUCUAUUAUUGAAAUAGCUAAACAAUUAUUGCCGACUGUACUCGAGAGAUCGAAAGAUCGCAGAGAUUUUGUCCUUGUAGGUUAUUCAUUUGGAUGUGUUAUAACGAUAGAACUUGCCAGGUUAUUAGAAAAUGAAGGUUUCACCGGCAGAAUAGUACUUAUUGAUGGUUCGCCAGAAAUUAUGAAAAAACUCGUUGAACAACAACUUCCUUCCGCGCAUAAAGGAGAACUGGAAACAAAUUUACUCUUAGGUAUAAUGGACAUAUUGGCACCGAAUUUAAGUGGAGAGUUUCUCGUUAAAUUGGAAAAAUGUACAAAUUGGGCACAAAAAUUGGAAGUAUUAACCAAUGAAGUACCCGCUGAUAUGAAUGUCACACCAGAUGAUCAAAGAAAUGUUUGUACAUCUGUUUACAAUCGAAUAUUAGCAUUGCAGUCUUAUAAUUAUGCAACUUUAGCACCUAUUAGAUCUCCAAUUAUUCUUCUCAAGCCAGCGCAGCCAACUCUUCGUGAAAUUGCUGAUGAUUAUGGUCUUCGAACGAUAACACGAGAUAAAGUAGAGAUAUAUACGUUAGAAGGAAAUCAUGUUACAUUAUUAGAAAACGAUAAAGUAGCUUCAGCAAUCAAUGGAGAACCUUUAGAAGAUGCAGAAUCAUUUAAAGCAAGCAUAAUGGAUGACUCAAGUACUGUGAGAACUUCGAUAAUAAGUGACAAACAUAAUAGAACCUAGACACAUUAAAAAAAAAUUUUUUUAAUCGAGUUAUUUCACUUUUAAUAAAAAAAAUCUGCAUAGAUUUUAAAUUUUAUUCAUAUUAUAAUUUUUAAAUUUACGGGUUCAAUCUAAUGGUGCUUAAUGUAAAUCUCAUUAAGAUAUUGUUCAAAUUUACUAUCAAUCAAGUAAAUAGUUCAUUCAUAACUUAUCACAGAUAGAAGGAAAGAUUAUUUCUUUUCUAUUAGAAUAUUUUUUUUACUGAUAAUAAAAAAUUCGUUUACUUGUUUGAAAAUUCACAUGGUGAAGUUGUAAAGAGUUCUAAAAAAUAUAAAAUCAUUUAUUAAAA